AUGAAAGAAAGAAUAGAACAGAGGAAGAAGAAAAAGAGAUUAGAGAAAUCAAAAGGCAACAAAGUGCAUUUCAAAACUUCAAAAAACUCUGAAACCCAAAUUUCACAGAGAGAGAAGAAGAGGCUUUUCAUUCUUCAACUCUCUCUCUCUCUCUCUCUGAAACCCUAACCUCGUUCACGAACUUCUUCUUCCUCACACGCCAUCAUUCCGGCAACCGGCGCCGGAAAUAGCUUAUGACUCCUCGCCGGCGAACACUCCGUUCUAUUAAUUUAGCUAAGCUAGGUUUCAGUUUCAUACCGAAUUCAGAGAUCUCAACUAAUUAACCGAUUUUGUUAAUUUUUAUUUUUUUGAUUUAUUUUUUGAAUUAAGCAUUGUAACUGUCGCCGAACGUGGAAACCGUUACCGAUCACCGGUUACGGAUCCCGAUGGCGAGGGGAGGACAGUGUUUCGAGAAGCUUCGGAGGUGUAUUCGGACGGUUUUUUUCGUGGCGGCAUUGGUGGCGUCGUUGGUGGUGACGUCAUUGCCGGUGGUUGUGGCCGUUGUUGAUGUGCUUGUUCCUUGCGUUUUGAUUUCGAGGUUCACGUGUGUCAGGUGUUAUGGUUUCAAGGAGCAUUUGAGUCGUUACUCUUUUAAGAGUUCCUUGACGGAUAUUCCUCUUGUUUCCAUCAUAAGAUCCUUCGUCAUUAUCUGUGUUUAUUCAAUUUGUGAUGGUCCCGCUCUCUCACAUGGUCCUUAUCUUGGAACAGUGACUCUGUGUUCAUUUGUUUCGAUUGUUGUCCUUUCCGUCAAAGCUUGUGUUUUCACUGUCAAUUCUCAGAUUGAAGGGGAAGCUUCGGUUUCCCUUGCAAGGAAAAUACUCCAUUUGAAAAAGUCGUGGGGAAUGCCUGUCUUAUUUCUCUCGUCAGUUGUGUUUGCCCUCGGCCAUGUCGUGGUUGCUUAUAGAACCAGCUGCAGAGCAAGGAGAAAGCUCCUAUUUCAUCGUGUUGACCCUGAAGCUCAGGUCCUUUCAUGCAAAAAUGUUUUCUCUAGCUAUCAGAAGGCCCCACGCUCUCCGAUUCCUUCUGGAGGGAGAACCCCAAAAAGUGAAAGUGAAAUGAAGCGGAGACCCUUUGGAGCAGCUCGUGAUGAAGAAGUGCCAGUUAGAUUACUUGCAGACUCUGACAGCUUAUUCAUCACCUGUCAAGGUCUUACUCUCCAUUACAAGCUAAGCCUGCCUGGGUCACCUCCUUCACUUAGCUUGUCCUCAUCUUCAUUCAUUGAAUCUAGUUCUGUUUGCUACACUUCAUCAAUGUCUGGGGGAGUAUCGAAAUUUAGUAGACAAUUGCCAUACGUGUCUUCGAAAAUCCAGCGGCAACUAUACAGGACAUAUAGCAAUCAAUUCCAAGACUCGUCUUCUUUAUAUGCUCCUCUCUUAGAUGGUCCAGUAACGUCUCCGCUUAUUUCUGAAGAUAUCCCUGUUUUUCAUCUAGAUGAAAUUUGUGAAGAUGGCGAAACAGUUAAAUCAGAUAUCCCGUCUUUGGAUCAAAAAGUAGAGGGCAGUGGCCAAGUGGGUAUUGUUUUAAUACACGGCUUUGGUGGAGGAGUAUUCUCUUGGCGGCACGUAAUGAAUUCUCUCGCUCGGCAGAGUAAUUGUACGGUUGCUGCCUUUGAUAGGCCUGGUUGGGGAUUGACUUCAAGGCUGCGGCGGGAGGACUGGGAGAAAACAGAACUGCCUAAUCCUUAUAAACUUGAAAGUCAGGUUGACCUGCUGUUGUCUUUCUGUUCGGAGCUUGGAUUUUCGUCAGUUGUGCUAAUUGGUCACGAUGAUGGAGGGUUGCUUGCUUUGAUGACUGCACAAAGAGUUCAAAGGUCAAUGAAUUCUUUCAACGUUACAGUGAAGGGGGUUGUAUUGGUAAAUGUUAGCUUGUCUAGGGAAGUAGUUCCUUCAUUUGCCAGAAUCCUUUUGCACACCUCACUUGGAAAGAAGCAUUUGGUUCGGCCACUACUAAGAACAGAAAUCACUCAAGUGAUCAAUCGGCGUUCAUGGUAUGAUGCUACCAAACUGACACAGGAAGUUUUGAGUCUCUAUAAGGCUCCAUUAUACGUAGAAGGAUGGGAUGAAGCAGUUCAUGAAAUUGGUAAAUUGUCAUCUGAAAACAUCCUUUCUGCAAAAAAUGCAGAAUCGUUGCUACAAGAUGUAAAAGAUAUUUCAUUGUUGGUCAUAGCUGGUGCUGAAGAUUCACUGGUUUCUCUGAAAUCUUGUCAAACGAUGGCAUCAAAAUUUGUGAAUUCUAGACUGGUUGCAAUCUCAGGAUGUGGCCAUCUACCUCACGAAGAAUGUCCAAAAGCUUUGCUUGCAGCAGUAUUACCCUUCAUCGGUAAACUAUGCUCUGUAUAUAACUCACAAAGUUAGUAGGUCACCUCUUUCCAAGUUCAUACAUAGGUCAAUCCAUUGUAGGGCACUUUUCCUUUCUCGUGUCAUUCUCUUGAUUUUCUUUCCUUUCAUCGCCUUUUACGCUAUAUUACUUCAAGAGAGAGAUCAAAGGCAACAUCUUUCUCUUGGGUAUUUUUGAUGUGUCAGUUUUAUUUUUAACCUUUUUUGUUGUUUAGAUGUCAAUAGUUGAGCUGCUUGUCGCUUCCCACAAAAAGAAAGUGGGAAGUAGAUGGCAUAAUUUGUAAAUUUAUCAUGAGAUUGAUAUUGAAUAUAAUUUAGAAUGGUUGUUUCCA